AUGGCGGGCGGGGGAGGGACUCAGAAGUCAGAGAGGACUCCACUGCAUUCCUACCAGUACAAUGACAAGGAAGUGUCAAUCACCUUAGCCUACCACAGUUACUUUACUGCUGAAUGCUGGCAAGAACAUAAUCAGAUCCACCAGCUGCAAGGGACAAAGAUUAUUUUUGCCAAGAGUGAGCUGCAGCCCCAUGUGCAUCCUUGUACAGAGCCUGGUCCCUGGGACAUAGGAGGUACUCAAAAGAAAUUGCAGCAUCCAGUCGAAACCGCCUCUAAACCUGCUAGAGAGGCAGAAAAAUGUGAUGGGAAUAGCACAGAGCUGGAGUCUCUUAAUCCUGACUGCCACUUACAGGCUGAAGAGACUGUGGGCGAACUUGGUAACCUCUCUGAGACUCAGUUUGCUUAUCUUCCAAAUGUGCAUGAGCAAACACAUGUGCAGAGCCAACUUGAAAAGUUGGAUCUUCUGGAGCAGGAGUAUAACAAACUUACCACAAUGCAGGCCCUGGCAGAAAAAAAAAUGCAAGAGUUAGAAGCAAAGCUCCGUGAAGAAGAACAAGAAAGGAAACGUAUGCAAACUAAGGCAGCCCAGUUGCAGACUGGUCUAGAAACAAAUAGAAUUGUCUUUGAAGAUAAGGCAACUCCAUGUGUUCCCACGGCAAGAAGAGUUAAAAAAAAGAAGUCAAAACCACCAGAAAAGAAAGGUUCUAGGAACUAUUUUGCUGCACAGCCACAUUAUAGAUUAUGCUUGGGGGAUAUGCCUUUUGUAGCUGGAAAGUCCACCAGUCCUAGUCAUGCUGUGGUAGCCAAUGUUCAGCAUGUCUUGCAUCUAAUGAAGCAACACAGUAAAGCCCUGUGCAACGAUCGAGUGGUCAACAAUGUUCCUUUGACAAAGCAAGGUUCUUCACGAAGUGGUAAUAAAAGAAAGAAGUUGUCAGUAACACCUUCCUCCUCCAACAGCAUUAAUGAAGAGUUGUCAGAAGUCUUACAGACUUUACAGGAUGAAUUUGGGCAAAUGAGCUUUGACCACCAGCAGCUUGCGAAACUUAUCCAAGAAUCCCCAACUGUUGAACUGAAGGACAACUUAGAGUGUGAACUGGAGGCACUGGUGGGGAGGAUGGAGGCCAAAGCCAACCAAAUAACUAAAGUUCGAAAAUACCAAGCCCAGCUGGAGAAACAGAAGGUAGAGAAGCAGAAGAGGGACUUGCGAACCACUAGAAAGACUCUUGAUGAAGAAGGAAACAGCAGCAGUCGUUCUUCUGGAAUCACAGGAACCACAAGCAAGAAGGACGUUGUCAAACCGAGACCUGGUGAAAAAAGCAGGAAAAAUCUUCAGUUAUUGAAGGACAUGCAGACCAUACAGACAGAGUUCAUUACAAAGCAAUAGUUUAUGUUGGGAUUACUAACUGGUAGCAGGUUAUAAAUUUUAUUCAGAUAAUCUGUACCUCAUCAAUCAGAUUUUGACAAUUUACUCUCCAGGUCUCAUACUCUCUUACGUUGGAAUUAAUAAUAGCAGGUGUUAAGGGGCCCAAGCUUCAUUACACAGGCUUCUUGUGUUACGCAUCAUGACUAAAUGUUAAACCACCUAAGUGGAAACCAGGGGAGUUUUAAAGGCCAGGAAGCCACACACACUGCUUCUUUGAGAUGAAUUUGCUGUACUGAAAUACUGCACUUUGUAAACAAAUUACCAGU